CUCCCUCUCUCUCUCUCCAUGCUCACGUUGCCAGUGAAAGUCCCUCGACCUCGCCGACGACUCCUCUCUCGGUCGGCCACCGGAGAACAGGCUCGCUGUCGGAGGGUGAGCCAGGACUGGAGAAGAGAAGAGGAGCGGACGGGGAGACUUCACCCUCACAGCUCGACGAACAUGCAGAUGCUCGGGGUCCCAUUUUGGCUCUUUUGGCUUAUCUGGGGCCACUCUUGCGCUCUCGGCGGAAAAGUCAACAAGCACAAGCCGUGGAUAGAAACCUCUUAUCAUGGUGUGAUCACAGAGAACAUGGACACGGUGCUGCUGGACCCUCCUCUGGUUGCUCUGGACAAGGAUGCCCCGGUCCCCUUUGCUGGGGAGAUUUGUGCCUUUAAGAUCUAUGGUCAGGAUGCUCCGUUUGAGGCUGUGGUGCUGAAUCGCACAUCAGGAGAAGGAGUCCUGAGGGCCAGCAGCCCCGUGGACUGUGAGAGCCAGAAAGAGUACACCUUCAUCAUCCAGGCAUACGACUGUGGGGCCGGGCCCAACGGGGCUGACUGGAAGAAAUCGCACAAGGCGGUGGUUCACAUCCAGGUGGAUGACGUCAACGAGUUCUCCCCUUUGUUCCGGGAGUCGCUGUACAAGGCGUCAGUAACCGAAGGGAAGAUCUACGACAGCAUUUUACAGGUGGAAGCCUGGGACCAGGACUGUUCACCGCAGUACAGCCAGAUCUGCAACUAUGAAAUUGUCACUGCGGGGACGCCAUUUGCCAUAGACCGCAAUGGUAACAUCCGAAACACGGAGCGGCUGAGCUACGACAAACAGCAGAGCUACAAGAUUAUGGUGACCGCCUUCGACUGUGGUCAGAAGAGGGCGAAGGAGGAUGUGGUGGUGCAUAUUGAAGUCAAGCCCGUCUGCAAACCUGGAUGGCAAGGUUGGAACAAACGGGUGGACUAUGAGCCUGGGACUGGGAGCAAGCAGCUGUUUCCCAAGAUGCACUUGGAAACCUGUGGCGGCCCCUUGUCCAACGUGAGGGUGAUGGUCGAGCUGCAGACCAAUCACAUCGGGAAGGGCUGUGACCGUGAGACCUACUCUGAAAAAUCUCUGCAGAAACUCUGCGGUGCAGCAUCAGGCAGUACCGACCUCCUCCCUGCCCCCAGCCCUUCCACGAACUGGACAGCGUCUCUGCUGACUGACAGCGGCCGCGACAGCGACCUCAUUUACAGAUUUGACGGCCGGCAGGCUGCGAACGUUCCAGAUCAUGUGGUGCCCCAAAACCUGACAGACCAGUUUACCGUGGCAACGUGGAUGAAACAUGGGCCGAGUCCAGGACUCAGAGCUGAGAAGGAAACUUUACUGUGCAACUCUGACAAGACGGAGAUGAACCGUCACCACUACUCGCUGUACGUUCACAACUGCCGCCUGGUGUUCCUGCUCAGAAGAGACUUCACACAGAUCGACACUUUCAGACCUGCUGAGUUCCACUGGAAACUGGAGCAGAUCUGUGACAAGGAAUGGCACUAUUACGUAAUCAACGUGGAAUUUCCUGCCGUGACUCUGUUUGUGGACGGCGUGACCUACGAGCCCUACCUGGUGACAGAUGACUGGCCAAUCCAUUCCUCAAAGAUUGACACGCAGUUGACUGUGGGAGCAUGCUGGCAAGGUGGUGAGGUAGCGACCCCGAGGUUCACUCAGUAUUUCCAUGGCAGCCUGUCAGGUCUCACUAUUCGACCGGGCCGCAUCGAAACCCAGAAGGUUAUCUCGUGUUUGCAGGCCUGCAAAGAAGGCCUUGAUAUUAACUCCCUUGAAAGCCUCGCAAAGGACAUAAAGUUCCAUUUCAACCCUGCCCAGUCCGUGCUGGUGGUGGAAGGAGAGGAUGCCGACAGCAUCAACACAGCCAUGACCAAGGUCUCCUACAUCAACUCUCGCCAGUUCCCCACGGCGGGCCUCCGACGACUGCACAUCGCCACCACCGUGCAGUGUUUUGGAGAGGACACGUGUCUCUCCAUCCCAGACAUCAAGGCAGUAGUGAUGGUGCUGCCGCCCAGCGAACCGAGAAUCACCAUUACAGGAUCUAAUCGACUCAUCAGGCCUGCCGCUGACCUUCGGGGCCCACUGGGUGUGGCACCCUUCAAAGAACUCCGCAUCACCAGCACGGUGAUGAAGGGCGAUGGCUUCGGCGGAUCCCGUCGGCCAGGUGUGACGGAGGUGAUGCACAACCUGGACUACUGUGAUGUGCUGGUAAUUGGGGAGGAACUGAAUUCCGAGAGAGAGAGUCUGGAGAUUCAUCACAGCGCUCUGUUGGGAAAACACCUUGAUGCCACCAACUCCACCUCCGGAAUAUCAAUAUACGGUGUGGACUCCAUGGCCCACUAUGAGCAGGCGCUGAGGCAGUUGCGCUACAGGAACUGGCGACCUGCCACUCUGAGCGAGAGAAAGUUCAGACUCACCUGCUCUGAACUCAACGGGCGUUACACCAGCAACGAGUUCAAUCUGGAGGUCGGUGUUCUUCACCACUCGGCGCCCGUGGAGCAUGUCAACCAUAUGGCUGCCCAACCGCAGUACAUGAGGCCCGUCCAUCACCCACUCAUGAUCCACACUCUCAACUCACACGGGUCAGGUGCUGCCCCUCCAGCAGCCACAGUAGUCAUCGUGGUCUGCAUCGCCGCCCUGGUGGUGAUCGUAGUGAUCGGCGUCUACAGGAUCCACGCCACGCACCAGGAGGGGUCCAGAGAGGACGAGGACGAGGUCAAAGACCCUGACGGGGACUGGGAUAACUCUGCACUCACCAUCACUGUCAAUCCCAUGGAGGGUGUAAGAGGAUCCCAGGCAGGGAGUGGAGAGAUACGAGACGAAGAACGUGAGGAGGACGAGGAGGAUGAGGAGGACGAGGAUGAAGAGCUGGCAGCAGGAAUGGUGUGCGACGAGUCAGAUAACAGCGAUGAAGAGGAAGAUGCUGAAGAUGAUGAAGGUGGAGCGGAGGUGAUGCAGAGGAAGCAGAAGGGAAAACUCGUGUGGGACAGUUCCUCCAUAACAUACUGAGCGUGCACACAACCACAUAUCUACACACACACAUGGUCCCCUCCCUCUCUCCUUCCCUGUUACUCACACACACAUACACUUACUAACGCACACACACAUGUACACACACCAUGCAGACUUCCUUCAUGCUCAGCACAGGUCCGCACACACACAAUUAAAAUCUCUGAUAAAAUGACUUGCUGGAGAAUACACAAUCUUCCUGUUGUCAUUUUAAAUGAAACAUCUCCCUCUGCUGGACAAAGUCAAACACGCACACAUUCCCACAACCCUGCAAAAAAACAACGAAAAAACAUUGUCUGUGUGUAGAUUAUUAUAAUUUGCAUCACAAGGGAUGAAGCAGGGCAGAAUAUAUCACACGAGCUCAUUCGUUAUGUGUGCAGACACAGAAAAAUAUUUCCCAAUCUCUCAAACGACCAUGAACCAGAACGCUGAUACAAACACAAUGUUUCAUCCAUAUGCUUAAUACACACGUCCUCAGAUUGCUUUUGUGUUUAUUUUUAAACAGAUAUAUGUGUGGUUAUGCACAUACAUCCAUAUACACAGUACACAUCCACUUAAUGUAUCCAUAACCAUUUUGAGUACUUGUCCCUUGGCCUAAAUAGUAGGUAUGACAUAGCUGUACUGUCACUCAGUGUGCGUCCUCUUUUCUCAUCUUUAACUCCAACCAAACACUUUUCUGUCAUUGUAGUCUGUGUUUUGAUAAAUCUUGAGUUUCUUCCAAUGCAUCACAGUGCUGUAGUCCUGUUCUGACAUUAAACCAUCUGCAUUCUAUGUUUGUCCUGGUUCAGUCUCAGUACAAAGCAGAAAUAUUAAACAUUGAAUAUUUUCCUCUUUUGCUCUCUCUGAAGUGUUGUAAAGCUUAGCUGAUCACUUUUCUGUCAGCUCUGAGGCUGAUUGUGGAAGCUGAUCGGAGGUGAAGUACAGUUAGAGACAAAGAGCAGAAGGCUUUCGAAACGCCUGUUUGUUCGCAUCUGUCUGUGUCCCUUAUCUAUCCAUACUGUGGCCUAAUGUAGCCUUUGCUGUUUAGACGUAGAUGUCUUUCUUUUAUCAGCAGAUGAAAUGAUGCAGUGAUGUUACUGUAUGCUACCAAUCUAAUGUUUUCCAGUCAAUAUCUGCAGUAAAGGGAGCUCUAUGCAAUUAUGGGCCCAGUAUAAAAGACAGAACCAGGGGUACUCCAGCGAUUUAGAUUCAGUAUUUCAACGGCUAAGAGCUUAUAAAAGACAGAUUUAAAAAAAAACUGAUGCUGAGACGUCCUGAGAUAACUCGUCUAGAACAGGUCAUUCUCCAUCUGCCAGGUCAGCCACAUCUCACCUGACAAGCAUAUGUUCAGGUGUCGGUGUCACAGGACUCACGUCUUAACUGUCUCUAAAUAAUUAACAUCUAACCCUAAAACAUGCUGUGUUAAUUCUGGUCACAUAGACUUGCGGUGCAGUGCAAUCAGCACUGACAUACAGUACACAGUAAAGACUCUUUCCUCUCCUAUCUUGUUCAUGAGUUUGUGCGUUGGUGUGAAAACGCUGUCAGGUGUUUCUGAACUCCACGCCUUACGUUUGUAAAACAGAUUGUCUUCAGUUCGAGCAAAGACUACGACACAUUUAGUAUGUAAAAUACCUGUUUUUAUUGACUCAGUAGCCUUCCACGUGUAGAGGAACGUGACAUGCAUGUGUAAAAUCGUUGGAGUGCCCCUUUAAGCACCCUUUUUAAAUUCUUCACAGGAAGAAGUGGGAACUUACUUUGGUUCUAGGUUUUCUCUUGCUGUCACAAAUGAUGUAACUCUGCUCAGACUAAAUUAAAUUCCAAGAGUUUGUGCACAUUAAGGUGAGCUGAAAGAAACUGUGGCAUUCCCCUUUCUGCUCAUCUGCAUUACCGACUCUCUGAGCUCUCUCCUGUUCACCUCCUCCACCCCGUACCCCCCCGUGCCCCGCCCGUUGGCCUUUAAGCACCUGUGAUCGUGAUGUCAUCAUUGUGAAAGAACUGCCUCGUUUCCCUCAUCCCUCUCUGUCAUCUUAUGCUUCUGAACCAUUAAAAGAGAUUCUUUUACAUAUAAAAAAUAAACCCUGUAAAAAUGUUUAAGACAGUUAUUUUAUAUAUCGGUUUCUUUUUCUUUUUGUAAAUGAAAUGGUUGGGAUUUCUCUCUCUUUAGUGGUCAUCCCACUGCUUUCUGUAUAUUGACCAAUAAAGACUUGUUUUAGACUCUA